GCGGCCGCUAGCAGCACCGAUGAGGCUCAACCAUGAGUGGUUGGUGCUGCAUCGUGUUCAUGAUGUCCACGAUCAGUACUGGCGUUUUCUCGCCUGCCCCACAGAAGACAGAGGUCAAGGAGACUUAUGAUCGGCAUUACUGGUACACUCAGGCUCAAGAAACGCUGCAGAAGCGGCUGCAGUACGCAUCUGAUAAGAACCCAGUUGCUAAGAACGUGAUCCUCGUAGUGGGCGAUGGAAUGAGUUUGACAACAGCCACGGCAGCGAGGAUCCUGCGAGGCCAAAGGCGUGGUCAGACCGGAGAGGACACUGACUUGGCCUGGGACACAUUCCCCGCUGUGGCGCUUGCAAAGACGUAUAACGUGGAUGCUCAAACCGGUGAAUCAUCGGCUUGUGCAACGGCUCUUCUUUGCGGAGUAAAGGCACGGUAUGAAACAUUGGGACUUGAUGCUGGCGGAAGAUUUAAUAACUGCGCAUCAACUAUCAACUCUAAGGUCACUUCGCUGGUUGAUUGGGCUCAUGAAGCCGGUAAAUCCAGCGGUAUAGUGACAACGGCUCGAAUCACACACGCGACUCCCGCGGCUUUGUAUGCGCAUGCGCCUUCAAGAUAUUGGGAAGAUGACAGUAGAGUCCCGCCGACUGUGCGCAAGGACUGCAAAGAUAUUGCUAUGCAACUGGUUGAGAAUGAACCAGGAAGAAGUAUUAAUGUAAUAAUGGGUGGCGGAAGGCGGCAUUUCUUACCAACAGUAACACCAGACCCUGAGCAUCCAAAUCGCGAAGGCCGAAGACUGGAUGGAAGAAAUCUCGCAGAAGAUUGGGCGAGGGAAAAGAAAAGACGACGAUUACGAGCUCAGUAUAUUCACACAAAGCAACAGCUUGCUAAAUUGGACCCGAGAACUGUAGAUUAUUUACUAGGUUUAUUCGAAUAUUCACAUAUGGAGUUUAAUGCGGAACGGGGUGCGGUCACAGAUGCAGAUGAGGAAGCGACGGCAGGAGUCUCUGUCAAAGCUGAUGAUCCAUCCCUAGCAGAUAUGACCAGAGCGGCCCUGUCUAUCCUGUCAAAGAACGAAAAAGGUUUUUUCCUCCUCAUUGAAGGUGGAAGAAUAGACCAUGCACAUCAUUACAAUAAUCCAUAUCGUGCACUGGAUGAAACUCUUGAGCUGGAAACAGCACUCUUGGCUGCGUUAGAGAGAGUCAACCCAGCAGAAACCUUGAUCGUAGUCACUGCUGACCAUGGACAUGUGAUGACCUUCGGGGGCCAGGCCACGCCAAGAGGACAUCCUGUUUUAGGAGCUGAUACGGUCGUGUCGGAUAUAGACGGGUUGCGAUACACAACCCUAUUGUACGGAACUGGGCCUGGGCACGCAGAACCGCGAGCUAUUCCGCUUAACGAUACUGCUAUUGCUUCCGCUGCCGCCGAUGCCGUACAUGCCGCAGCAGUCCCAAGGCAGUGGGCUACACAUGGUGGCGAAGAUGUACCAAUCUACGCACUGGGUCCCAUGGCUACCAUUCUCUUCGCUGGAGUGGUAGAGCAGAGUUAUAUCCCACACGCGAUUGCGUACGCUGCCUGUUUGGCCCACCACGCAAAACGGUGUCAGGAGAAGGCCAGCUUCAAUUUCACGCAACCACCGGCAAAAAUACAGAAAUGCGUAUCACCCGAAGUUAGUAGUGUAUCAGCUGCGGAUGAAACAAGAAGCGAAGGUACAAACAGUCGUCGAUUUGUAGUCGCUUCAAGCGUUAUGUCCGACGAACGAGUGCCACGCUCAUCCGCCUCACCACUGCUCGCUCUACUAAUUUCACGAUGUAAUCUAAUAUCAAACUUUUGUAAUUUAGUUGCAUAUUUAAGCGUUUUUUGUUUUGUAAAUUAAAUUUUGAAAUAACGUGUAAAUAGUAAAUAAGG